AUGACCUUAUUCAACAUUAUCCCUGCGCCCUCGAUUAGCGCCAACAGCACGCCGCCAAAGAGAGCCGAGCGCGAGGCGGCGCGCAUACCCUGCCGCAUCUGGAGGAAUCCGCCGAUAAACCAUGGAGCAAUCGAAGGUGGAGAAGAGGCCACCCCAGACGGCGAAGCUUCCGCCGAUCCGGGGAGCGUUCAUGCGUACGGCCUGAGAUCCGCCGACAAGGCGAGCGCCCUUGGGCGAGCUGUAGAUGCCUUUGAGGAAGUGGAAGGCGGAGCCCCCGACGGCGCCCAUGCCGAAGGCGCCGCCGAUGUCGUCGAGUAUGCGAUCUGGGCAGGGUUCGCGGGAGGUCUCUGGGGUUCCCAUCCCUUUGUACCUGGUGUUUUGUUUGUCACUGACUUUGCUGAAAAAAGGGGUUUCAGGGGGUAUUGGAUUGUGCAGGCGGAACAGGCUAAAGUGUUCUGA